AUGGAGGCCUUCAACUUUGCGACGUCUCUUGACCUGACCGAGUUGUCGGUUCAUGUCCGAAUAGAUCGUCUUGAUGGGAAUCAGAAGCCCAUCCCGUACUCGGUGUUGUUGAAGAGGCCGGACCUUAGGCACCGAGCUUCAAAUAUCAACCCAAACUUCGAGCUGUACGUCACCGCGCAGAUAUGGGCAGAUAGCAAGCCCCUCACUGUGCCCGUCCAAACCGCCUACAAGUCCUUCAAGAACGCGCGCAUCUGGAACGAAUGGCUGCAGCUACCCGUGACGUAUGCGAACCUCCCCGCCUCCGCCCAGAUAGCCAUUACGAUAUGGGACCUAUCACCCGCCGAGGAUACCGACUCAAGUCUCCAUGCGGUGCCCUUUGGUGGCACGACAAUACCUCUCUUCGACAACGACAACACGCUCCACAAGGGUAGGCAACGCUGUCGCAUACACCGCUUCAAAGCAGCAGAUGGCCUCACCAAUACUACAACGCCGUGGGUAAUACCGCCGGCGCGCAAAAGCAGGAAAGCGCAGGUGGUUGAGGAUACCGUGGACGAGCAGGUCGCCGAGAUGGAGAAGCUGGAAGGCUUGCUGAAGAAGCAGGAGAUGGGCGAUCUGCCGACCAACAACUGGCUAGACGGCCUGGUAUACAAGAAGAUGAUGCAAAUACGGAAAGAGGCGCUCAAGGCCGAGGCUGCGGCUUUGAACCGCCAGAGCAAGACGAACGGAACGAACGGCUCUGCAGACGGCGAAGACCAGGAACUCUUCUAUCUCGACAUCGAACUGCCCCGUUUCGACCACGCGAUUGUCUUCUCCGACGUCGAGUACCCACCGCCCCCCGUAUCAGACUUGCGAUUGCCUGCUGAGGCCGACGUGAGGUUGCGUCCUCCACCUGAGGUGUCGUUCGGGCCAGGUAUUGACAUCGACGGUAUCGGAUAUGGCGAUGCAGAUGCAGGAAGGCUCAUCAAGAUCUACGACCCUGAAGUCGGCCGACGAGUGAACCCUGCCGAAGACAAGCAUCGCGAGUUGAUGCGCAGCCAGCAGACCGAUUCACUCGACCGCGACCGCAAGCCCAACGUACACGUUCGAGAUAAGCUCAACCUGCUGCUCUCCAAGGGACCGCUCGAGGAGAUCACAUCACACGAGCGAGACGAUAUUUGGAAGUUCCGAUACUUCUUGCUACGCGACAAGCGGGCCUUGACCAAGUUCGUCAAGUGCGUGAACUGGAAGAACCCGCGAGAAGCCCGGCAAGCUGCACCCUUGCUCGAUAAAUGGGCAGAAAUAGAUGUCGACGACGCGCUCGAACUCCUUGGACCCCACUUCGACCACCCCGUAGUACGAAGCUACGCUGUCGAGCGCUUGAAGAAAGCCGACGACGAAGAGCUCCAGCUCUACCUUCUACAACUGGUGCAAGCACUCAAAUAUGAAGCACCGGGCGAAGGUGAUGAUUCGUCACUAGCGCGUUUUCUGGUUACUCGCGCAGCCAACAGCUUCACACUGGGCAACUUCCUACAUUGGUAUCUCAUGGUGGAGAUCAGCGACUUCAGCACCGACCAGGAGCCAGAACAUCGUGAACUCUUCGCUAAGGUCGAAUACGACUUUAUGGUCGAGCUGGAGAAGACGCCUGAAGGUGUUGAGACCCGUAAGACCUUCCAGCGUCAGGGCGAGCUUCUCACCAUCUUGGCCAAAAUAUCAAAAGACGUGCGCUUUGGUGGAGGAGAUCGACCUACCAAGCUUGCCCGUCUCAAGAAGGCGAUUGCUGACCCGAAGAACGAGCUCACGAACUUCGACCCACUACCUCUGCCUCUCGAUCCUUCCGUAUACAUUACCGGGAUAUCGACAGAAGACUGCAAUGUUCUGAAAUCUUCGUUACUGCCCAUGGUACUAUCCUUCAAAACGACCACAUCAAACCCAUAUCCGAUCAUAUUCAAGACUGGCGAUGAUCUACGGCAGGAUCAACUCGUCAUUCAAAUCAUCACACUGAUGGAUCGACUUCUUCGCAAAGAGAAUCUGGAUCUCAAGCUAACACCCUACCGUAUUCUAGCUACUUCCACCUCCGCAGGCGCCUUCCAAUUUGUCCCGUCGAUGAGUAUUGCAGCAGCGUGCCAGAAGCACAAAGGCUCCCUACUUGCCUACCUACGCGCUAAUAACCCCGACGACAGCGCCCCACUCGGCGUUCGGAAGGAGGCAAUGGACACUUAUAUCAAGUCCUGCGCUGGUUACUGUGUAAUAACGUACCUCCUGGGUGUCGGCGACCGCCAUCUCGACAAUCUCCUGCUCGCUCCAUCGGGUGCAUUCUUCCACGUAGACUUUGGAUACAUUCUCGGACGGGACCCGAAGCCCUUUGCACCAGCCAUGAAGCUUUGUCGCGAGAUGAUUGAAGGUAUGGGCGGAGUGCAGCACCCGAACUAUCUUGUCUUCAAAGAGUACUCCUACACGGCAUGGUCUACCUUGCGCAAGUCGUCAAACCUCAUCCUCAACCUGUUCGCUCUCAUGCAGGGAGCCAACAUCCCGGAUAUUAAGGUUGAGAGGGAGGGUAGCGUAAGAAAGGUCCAAGAGCGUAUGUGGUUAGGAAAGGGUGUCGGUGGUGCCAAGGGUGAAGACGAGGCAGCGAGAGAAUGGGAAGGGCUCGUGGAGGAAUCAUUGGGUGAUUGGAAGGCCGGGGUAAUUGACUGGGCACAUGAGUUUGUUCAGACCUAUUGGCGGAAGUAA